AUGUCGGAGGGCAAGAACCAGCCGAAUAGGAUAGAGUCGUGGCUGUUGCAGGAAGACGAGAAGCCCUUGACUCUGGCUGAAGAUGCCAAGCUCCCCAAUGCCGCAACUAUCACUCUCCGGAAUCAGGACCACACCCUCGGGCACAUGAUUCGUUGCCAACUCCUUCUCGACCCCACCGUCCUUUUCGCAGGAUACAAAGUUCCCCAUCCCCAAACAAACAACAUCGAGCUCAAAAUCCAAUGUGACGACCGCUCCAAUCCUGCCGAUGCACUCAAGCGGGCAUGCACCCUCCUCAUCCAGCAAACAGCGAUGAUCAAGCAACAAUUUGUGGACCAGGCGAAAAAUAUCGAGAUGGGUAUGGGACCGGAGGCUGGUGGUAUGGGUAUGGGCAUGGGUGGGCGGGGCGCAGGUGGGGCGUAUGACCCAUAUGCGGAUGGGUUGGGCGGUGGGGGUCCAGUGGGCGGUGCGAACGGUGCAGGUGGCGACGUGUAUGACUUCUAG